AUGUCGAGGGCCGAAGGCGCUGUUUCGAACGGCAACGCUCCCGUCGACGCCGCCGCCGCCACCGCCGCGAAAGCUGAUGUCGCUCGGCCGGUGGUUAAACGUUGCGGAGCCGGCGUUCCAUCGAGUGGGGUCGACCUGUCCGAACGAGUGGACCAGAUGGCUCCUUCACCGCGAUCUAGCGUUCACGGUGACGCGACUCGGGAUCAGUCCUCGUCGCCACCCUUCGCGUCUGUGAAGGUGGUCGAUUGCGCUGGCGUCGACGUCGUCUUCGAACAGGCUCACGAGACGGCAGGCACGAGUACAUUAUAUCACUUCACACCCAGCCUCCAAGCUAUGGAAGCGAAUACAGAGGCGCAUCCCGCGCCGGAAAACAUGAUGUGCGUGGACAGCGGAGCGGAGCGGAGAUCGAGCUCGGCAAACGGCGCCGCGUCAAGCCCGACGCCUUCGGCAUCAUCCUCUCGGCUCACGUCGCUCGAUGAUGGGUCGGUACCCUCGCCUCGCCUCGCUGCAUAUGACAUCUCAAAACCUCUGGGUUCUACAACCCCAAAUGAGCAAGAUGCCUUUCCCCGCGAAGCGGAGCCCCAGGCGCAAGAGCAGCGGCGUGGGAUACAGCUGCGCUCCUUCCAGCAAUUUCAAGUCCCGAACCCGCCAGACCUUCCCCAGCACCCCUCGCACGCGGAUUGGAUCGCUGCAAACCACGACCGCUCUACAACCUCGUCGAUCAAAGGAGAUGUGCCAGACAAGCUUUUUGAAUGCGACGAAUGCGGAAAAGCGUUUGCGAGAAAGAGCGAUCUUUUGAGACACUCGCAUAUCCAUUCCAACAUCCGGCAGGUUUCAGCUAGAGAGAUCGCCCUUCGGGCUUUUAUGCUCGCGGCGCGCGUGAUCAGAAAACUAACCUCUUCCCGAACUUUUGAUCUUCACAGCCCGUUUGUGUGCUCGUUCCCAGGUUGCGAAAAAGAUUUUAUUCAACGUAGCGCCUUGACGGUUCAUUUCCGAGUACAGUUAGUGGAUGUCUUCACUUUGAAUGUGCGUUAGGUUUAGCCCUAACCGUUCGGCGAUCGACCACAGUACCGGCGAGCGGCCCCACGUGUGCACACACCUCGCUUGUGGAAAAGCCUUUAGUGACUCGAGCUCAUUAGCUCGGCAUCGCAGGACCCAGUGAGUCGAUGCGUUUGGCAGAUGUGAAUAGCGGGCUAACACGGGUCGGAUCUCGGGCGUCGCUUCAGCACAGGAGCCAAACCAUUCCAGUGCGAAGUGCCCGAGUGUGGAAAAAAGUCAGUUUUCCUCACGACUAAGGGUCUGACCUCUCGCUGAGUAGCGCUCCACACUUCCUUUGUACAGAUUUUGCCGAAAAAUCACCCUCACAAAGCACGUGCGGCGUGAGCAUGUCCCAGGGGGUCGAUUGCCACGCUACCGCGGCGCCACGACGCGUCGAAAGCUUCGUAGUGGACCGUACAGCGAGCACCAGAACUUCGAAGAGACGACGACCAUUCAAAAUGCCGAGAGGUUGCUGGGAUGGGCUUCACGAUCUGCGGCAGAUGGCGAGCCUCAAGAUCAUGGCGGUGGGAGUCUCGGGCGGGGUGAUUCCAGAAUCGGCUCCGGUGCUCAUACGACUCAACACCCGAAAGGGAGGUCGACGGAAGCGCGGGAUCAAGACCGUUCGCGAGAAUCUGCCUACGCUUUCGAUGGUUCUUCAAGACGUUCGCAGGGCCUACCCAAGUUCCCUGACCAAUGCCUCUCGCCGUACGACCCCCCUUCAGUCGGAACUUCGCGCGACGACUCGCUGUCGCAACAACUUCAAUCAUCGGCGGCAGUCGCGACGUCGUGCGCCAUCAAGCCCGUCCAUCCCCAGCUCGCGAGCCUGCAAGCGUUCUAUAUGGAGAGCUUGGGCUCUUACCCGCAACAAGCUCAAGCUUCGAUCAGCUACGAAGCACGCGCUGCCGUAUCCUACCCAUCGACGAAUCGAGGAACGUCGAGCUCGUCAAGCUUUGCAAGCUCCUGUGACACGAUGAGCGGAGCCAUCCAAGACCGUCAAGAUGGUCAUGAGCCCCAGCCCCAGUGGGCGCAGCCCCCUCAGAGCCUACGGUACCACGGUGAUGUCGACGGGUCCGAGUAUGCGAACUUCAGUGCUGCGCUUCCCAUGUACCCAAGCACAUCAAGUCUCCCUCACAUUCCGAACCCCGAGGUGUCUCGAGGCCCAACUGAUUCGUUCGGGGCUGGAUCAGAUCCGGUGCCCAACUUCCGUCGAUACCCCUCCACCUGGCCCCCGUCUGUGAAUGCCAAGGCUCAACACCAGGAUCCGCGUUCGUCUACACAUUUCUACGGUGACGACGCUUCGGGUCAUGCGCCGGUAUGGCCCACACUAGGUUCAAGCACGGACGAGUCGAGAAACGAAGUGGCCGCCCAGUCGAACGUACUGGAUGAUCAUUCUAAUCCUUGCUAUUCUCUCAAUCGUGGAUUAUGGGCCGCCAACGCUUCGGCCCGACGUGUGAGCCAGAUUCCAUUGCCCGAGGCCGAAUUUUCCUUGGUCAUGGAUGAUGGAAGACUCGGCGGGGAGCUACGUCAGGAGAAUGCGCCUCCUGCAGGUGCUGUGUAUGCCACGUCUAGCGUGAUGGGAGGCGUCUCUAUCGACAAUCGCGUCAACCUCGCCAAUUGUGGGUUCACCCGGGGUCGAGUCAGCGUUUGA